AUGACUUCUCGAGAAGCCAGGACAUGCGACUUGCGUGAGUACUUCUCGACAGCAGAUCAGAAUGCACUGCGACCAAUCAUCACAUCUUUGAACGGCGACAACUCGUGGCUGUGGUCGUUUCCUCGUCCGGCAUCAGAACGAUCAUCGACGGGAAGAUUGUAUUACCACAUUGUCUUCGAGCCAUGGCUGAGCGGGCCCACCUCGCAGCUCAGUUCGUGGCUGAUUCAUAUCAGUCUCUCCAGUCCUGCUGCGGCGACAUGUGGCGGGGAUGUGGAAGAGAUGGCCCGUCAGAUCGAGAUUGCGGCCAGCUCAUGGAGAUCAGGCGGUGAUCGAACACCCAAGGGAGUACAGGAGAGCAAACCAGUACUGGAUGCGAUCCUCAUGGGCUUCCAUUACGCGGACCAUCUACACGAGCCCACACUCCGGACAUUCGACAAGCGCACUCCGGUAAUCGCCAGUUGCGAGGCCGCGAAGAAGAUCCGGACGUUGAGCCACUUCGACACGAUCAGCGAGAUGACGGACUUCAGCUCAGACGCGCGGUCCUGGAAUACCGCAGAAUUGCAUCCAGAUGCGCUUCCUCGAUGGUUGACUCCUCUGCGUUUGCCCGGCCACCACGAGCUGAAUUACUGCUUGGCCCUGAUCUGGACACACGAAAGCAAGGUUGGCCAAGCAGAGAUCCACGAGGCCAUUCUCCAGACUCCGCACGGAACACGGCUGGACCAAAAGCCGUUACAGGCGUUCCUGAAUUCAGAGCCGGCAAUAGAGAAGUUGGCCAUGUUCCACGGGCUGAAGGAGUCGCACGCUGCAGGCAGUCAGAAUACGUAUGGUGCUACCGGCGGCUUGGAGCUGUUCCGCGCGAUCGGCGGGGCGAAGUACUGGGUGCUAUCGCAUAGCUCGCUGCUGCAAUAUACGGGAGCGUUGAUGCGGAUGUUGUGGGUGACGGACACACCACGGACGAUCGAAUGGGCGCUCGAACGGGAAGCUUCAACGGUCGUGAAGGGUGAUAAGGGCAAGCUUGGGAAGCCUGAUAUGGUCGACGUCCAGAACGGGAAGAUGUUUGUGCUUCGUUAG